CUGUUGAAAGGCGACAAUCAUUGACAGUUUUAAACACAUAUUCAACGUUUAAUAACACUCAGCAAUUUUUGUGAUUUAUAUACUUGUUUAAUUCUUAUUCUUGUGCUUAAAUAAAAUUGAAUUUAAUUUAACAAAAAAGUCCAGAGAAAUUACAGUAAAAUGUUAAAAAUUGUUUUAUUGUUGGGUGUAUGUUUUGUUAUUCUCUCCACGGGUGAAUGUGGUUUAUCCAAUCUUCUUCAUCGUAAAACUACAACCGAACAACCUGAAAUUACAACUAUCGUAGCCAAGGAUGGUGUACCAGCUGGCUAUUAUAAAUCGAACAAUUUACCCCAAGUCAAGGAGGGUUGUGAAAUAAGAUUCGAAUGCAAAAAGAAGCUUAAGUCUGCCGAAACUCCCAAACCCUGCACAAAAUUUUGCGUCAAAUCUAUAAAAUGUGAGGAUGGUACCAAAAUCAAUGGUGCUCCCGGUCAAUGUAUUGAAUUGAAUGAAGAAAUGGUGGCCCAAGAAUACAAUGAUUGUAAAAAGGAUGAAGAGGAGUCCGGCGCUGUCAACGUUAUGAAAGUAGCCAUGAUUGAUUUUCCUUGUCAACCAGGUUACUUGCCCGACAGCCGUGGUCGUUGUCGUGAAGUAUGGUAAAAAAUAUUAGUGGCUACUAACGAACCCUUUCCCGCCCCCUAAAAAGAAUCCAACAAAUGUGGUGUGUGUUAAAAAAUACUCAAUUUUACUAAAGAAUAAAAAUGUUGCCUUUUGUGUGUGAAUUCAAGUCAAAAAGGUGUAAAAUAAAAAUUGUUUAAAAAAAUCAUAA